GGAUGAUGAACAAAAAGUCAAGGAUUUGUUUAUUGAAUUAUUAUCAAAUGCAAUUAGCAAAGAGCGAGUUUUGUUUGAACGUAUAAAACUUUUACAGAAAUCAUUGGACGAAUUUGAUAUUGAAGGUUUAUAUCAAUUUUAUUUAGAACAUCAAACAAAUUUGGAACCAACUUUAGAAGAAUGGAAUGACAUUGUACGAGUAUAUGUAAAUCGAUCAAAAAAAACAGAAUGUAUGUGUAAUUUUUCCUACAUGGAUUAA